GCCUCGCUCCCCCCACGCUCCCUUGUACUGUCAGUCACCCCCCUGCCUGGUGCGGAUCAUGCCGCCAAUGGCGGCCCACUCGGCCGAGAAACGGUAGCCCGGGACAGUUGACUUAAGUUACACGGCUUCUCCCCGCCCCACUGACCCCAGAGAGAGGUGCGUCCUCGCCGCGGUCGGGGGGCCGGGAAGUAGGGAGUAAGGUCGGCUCCACCUGGGAGGGGGAGUGGAAGUUCCCGCCCCGGGCAGAAGCCAGGCGACACCGUAGCUGGCCUUGAACUCAGGGCAGGCUAACUACGCCUGCCUCCCGCGUGCUGGGAUUACAGCCUGAGCCCCCACGCCCUUCAGGAAGAGCUUUGGUCCACUAAAGUUCAAGAGCGCCUUGACGUCCGAGACCAUUUCAGCGUAGCUGUGCUCGGGGUCUGUAAAAUUAGCCUCACCUCGGCUGAUUAUGGAAGAAUCCCAUAAGAGUAACAAUUCAGAGACUGCACCUCGACCUGGUUCAACAGUUCAGGGAACUCAUAUUUCUCAUAUAACCCAACAGGUAUCAUCUUUAUCAGAAAGUGAGGAGUCCCAGGACUCAUCUGACAGCAUAGGCUCCUCCCAGAAAGCUCACGGCAUCCUAGCACGACGCCCAUCUUACAGAAAAAUUUUGAAAGACCUCUCUUCUGAAGAUACACGGGGCAGAAAAGGAGACGGAGAAAAUCCUGGCAUUUCUGCCGUCACGUCUAUGUCUAUUCCAACUCCCAUUUAUCAGACUAGCAGCGGACAGUACAUUGCCAUUGCACCCAAUGGAGCCUUACAGUUGGCCAGUCCAGGCACAGAUGGAGUACAGGGACUGCAGACAUUAACCAUGACAAAUUCAGGCAACACUCAGCAAGGUACAAUUCUCCAGUAUGCACAGACCUCUGAUGGACAGCAAAUACUUGUGCCCAGCAACCAGGUGGUUGUACAAACUGCAUCAGGAGAUAUGCAGACAUACCAGAUCCGUAGCACACCAUCUGCCAGUUCACUGCCACAAACUGUGGUGAUGACUUCUCCUGUGACUCUUACAUCUCAGACAACGAAAACCGAUGAUCCCCAACUGAAAAGAGAAAUAAGGCUGAUGAAAAACAGCCUGCAGGAAAUAUGACAGGGGGCAUGUAUGAACACAUACUGGAAGCAGUAGAAGUCAGGAGCCAGGCAUAAUAGUACCCACCUGUAAUCUCAACACUUGGAUGGUUAAGACAGGAGAAUUUAAAGUCC